UUAAGUUCAAGACUAGUAGUAUACAACUUGUUUGUCGAGUGUCGACUCGCUGAUUCCGUACAUUGACAGCUGAAGAGGAGAAGGCCUGCCGCUGGUGUCCUCAUAAUAGACACAGACAACAUACCUUCAGAGAAGGUUGUCAGCUGCAUCGUCCAUUCUUCUUAGAUAAACUUAAAGAUGACUACAGCCUUUUCACAUGAACCAGGCACUGCCAUGGAGUGCUUAAGUAUUCCAAUAACACUGGAGAAAGAGACUGGAGUUGAUGAGCAUGGUAGACAGGUAUUACGUUGUGGCUUUAAGAUUGGAGGAGGAAUUGACCAAGAUUUCAUGAAGAGUCCCCAGGGAUACACAGAUAACGGAAUUUAUUGCACUGAGGUACAUGAUGGCAGUGCAGCAGCCCGAGCAGGCCUUCGAGUCCAUGAUAAAAUAUUACAGUGUAAUGGCUAUGACUUCACUAUGGUAACUCAUAAGAAAGCUGUGGACUACAUUAAGAAGCAUCCAGUCUUAAAUCUUCUUGUCGCUAGGAAAGGCGUAACUCAUUCGUAAACCUGCACUUCUACCAUGUUGUUGAAUUAAUUCACAUGUUUAUCAUCAUUCAGCAAUGUACAUUCCAUUUUAUAAGGCUGUGGGUUAUUUUGUACAUAACCAGUCAUUCCAUACUAUAUUGAUUAGUUUAUUGGAGAAAAUAUUUUGUAACUCGAGUUUUUUCUGUCAAAAGAAUAUAUGUAAUUUUAACUAUAUAAUAAUUUUAUGAAUAUUAAUAAUCUGUAUAUGGUUAAUCUCAGAUGUGAUUUUAAAAAUUUUUCACCUUCUGUUAAUCCUUUAGAUCUUUUACUUUUCUCAUGUUUAGUGUUACAAUAUUCGAAUAUUUGAGCUUUGGUACAGUAAUUAGGUUUUAGAAUCCCUGUAUAAUUUUCCAGUUUGAACCAAUUAAUAAUUCUUUAGUUGUUUAUGAAGAAUUGUUAUCCAUGAUAGCAGUCUUGCAAGUUAAUUGAGAGUACUGUACAGUACACAAUGAAAGAUAAGAUAACAUUUUGAAAAAAAAGUAGUACCUUUUUUUUUUUUUUUUUUUUUUUUUUAAAUCUGAUAAUAGGAGCAGAUUUUAAACAGCAUUAUAUAUGUGCCAAUAGACUUCUCAAAGAUGUUAAGCAUUCCUCUGUAAUAUAGAGAGAUUGCAUUAUAUGCGGUACAGAAAAUAUACAAAAAGUUUGAGAAUUAAAGUCAUAGGAGGGAAAAUAUAUUAAGCUGUGUCUUUACUACUGACAGUUUUGAUGAUACUCUAAGAAUUGUAUAAAAAUUGCUCUUGGUAAGGAACUAUGACAGUGUGCCUCUUCUUGGAGAUGACUUGAGUCUGGUUUUAAAGAGGGAGUAUUUUUUUUUUUUUAUGCUUUGGCUAACAAUAAAUGAGGAAAUUUUUCAUGUUAAGAAAGCUUUCGGAAAAGGACUAGGGAUGGCCUGUAACAAGUAGUCUGGGCCAUCUCUACUCAUAUUUGUGCAUUUUACACUUAUGUUUGUCUGAAGAUAUAGAGUACAUGUAUUGAGGACAUACAGUUCUGAUCUCUUAAAACAUAUCCGGUAGAAAUGAAGUCACAGGAUAUAUUUUCCAUUAAAAGUCAUUGGUUAUUUUAGCACUACCACAGACAGAUUCAUAUUAAUUAAACCAUUGCCAAUGUAUGUGGUGUAUAUGUGUACUCUGUAUGUUUGUAGGCAUAGAAUACUUUUAAAAAAGUAGUCAACACUCUGUUAAAAUGAAUAAUAAACAGAACUUUCCUAAUCCUCAUAGUAAGAUUGGAAGUAAUAGCACUGAUAAUGAAAACAUACUUAACUAAUGUUCAGCAUUAUAGAUGCAGAUUGUUGAAUUAGACAUCUGCCAACCUUGUUGCAAACUAGAUUUGUGUAUCAAGUAGUAUAGUACUGAAAGACUUUGUUUCUCACAAGUUAAUACAACUAGUUCUCCAAGUUUCUUUAUGAGAUCCCACCAUUCUCUGACUAUUUCUGCUAUUCCACUAUCAGUCCAUUGAUUUAAGUACUUGCUGGUUGCCAAGAAACCAGUGUACCGUAUCCUGGUGUUGCUCCAAAAGGUGGAUCAAGCCAUCCAACUAAUCUGUCACCCAUGCACAAUCCAUAACCCAUAGUUCUUAAAUAUUUGUAUUUAUUUUUAUGAUAGGUACAGCAUUCUUAGCAAGUACAUGUUAACCUUUGUAUUGACAGGUAUCUGCAUUGUAUGAAAAAAAAAAAUGCUGAUGUACAAUGUUUUCAUGCAGACACAUUUGAGUUUGUUUUCAUUAGUCAGAUAGAUAAAUUCAUUCUGAGCACGUUAUGAUGAAUGUUUAUUUGUGCCUAUAUUUACAGUAAUAAUCCUUUUUUACAAUACAUUUCAGCAAAUGAGGAAUUGCUAUAAUUUGUGUCUUUAAUAUAGACUGUAUACUUUUUAAAUUUUGGGGGUAUGUGGUAUUUUAAUAUGUUCUCUUUCAUUGGUCAUUGUUACAUUUUGAAGGUCUUCAUAUAAAUAAAUAAUAUGAUUGCCAUGAAUUACUGUGAAUAUUCUUGUAUUAUUUGGCACUGGAUCAUAUUGAAUUAGUCGCCUUCCUUAAACCUAUUGAUUUUUAAUCAAAAUGCUGUACUCAAACAUUUUCUAUAAACUAUUUUUUCUUUUUUUUUUAAACCUUAGAUUGAAGUAAUUCAUUGCUGUUUAAAGUCUGUCUCCUUCAAUGUCAUUAUGUAAGUUUUCCUUUGACCAAACUUCUUAUUUCGUAUUCAUAUAAAAUUUAUUUGUAAUUGGUAUGUAUUACCUAGGUAUGUUUACUGUUUAAGAGAUUCUAGAAUAUUUUUAUCACAAAGAUGUGGAGUAGUAUUUCUGUAUCGUUUGGUAAUACAUGUUAAGUAUAUCACUUUUACUUCAUGAUUUACAUCUAAACUCAAUGCACUCAAUUCAAGUUGUUAUUUUAAAUGA